AUGAAUACGAACAAAAAUAAAACGUUUCACAAAAAACUGAAGAACAAAAGAGUGAUCAAGGAAUUUUCCUACGUUUCUUUUAAGAAGGAAAUUGCCAAGCUCUACGAAAAGGAGAAGGACUUCUUUAAGCAGAUUCAUAAUGGAACCCUAUCUUCUGAAGAGGUUGUAAAAUGUAACAGGGCAAACGACCCGCAUGUGGGGCAGGGAAUGAAUCGGGACGAGGGGGAGCACCCUGUAGACUCUGUCGGGUUGAUGGUCAAGGUACGCAAAGGACACACGCCGCCCCGUUUGCGACGAACGAGUGCCCCAAGACAAGAGGCUACCAAAGGGAUAGAUCACAAAGUAGGUGUAACCCGCCGCGUAUAUGUUAUGAAAGCCCCAUCUGUGUGCGACAAAGAUACAGAAAGUUUCCACUCGUGUUCUAUGGAGAAGCACAUCGAGGGGGAUAGCGCCAUAGGUCUAGUGAGCCGUGCAGGGAGGAACAAGUCCACAAUGGAAAAAGGCAAAAUGGUGAAAAGGGAAAAGUUGGAGUAUGCAGAGAAGGAGACAAGUACACAUAGCACUGUAAGCGACUCCACGCAGAUAAUACGACAAGAAGAAAAACAAGUCAUAAAGAAAUUGUUACAAAUUAUUAUAACAAAGAAAAAAAUCACCAAUAUUGUUAAAACAUAUUUUAAUGAAAACAUAACUUUUGUAACCACAAAAACGAUGAAGUACAUUUUAAAAAAGGCAAAAAAAAACGUGGACUUCCAGAUGAUAAGAAUUCUGCUCAUACAAAAUGUAGAUAAAAAAAAUAUAGAGACCACAAUAAACACCAAAGGGAAAAGGAAAUUAUUCAAGAAUUAUAUUUUUUCCAAUCAAAGACUGAGGGCCAUAGAAUGUGCGCUCCUUCACAUUUAUCACAUGGAUGAAAAUAAUUUCACCUUUCGUGAAUCUUAUAAAGAGUUAGACAUAUCCUCAGAUGAGUACCUGCUUUGUGUGCAGGCCGUGUGUAUUUAUCUGACGCAAAACGCACAGAAUGACAAGGCCAAUUAUAGAAAGUACUGGGAUAUACAUAAGCACGUUAAGGAGCUCUUGCAUGGGAACUCCAGUGUAUAUGAGAGCACCAGUAGUAUAUCCGUGCAUGGGACCACGGGCGUAGACACCCAGGGAGAUGACGACAUGCAGAAGAUUAGCCAGAAGAAAAAGAAGAAAAAGAAGAAGAAGAAAAGCAAAAAUGGCACCGAGGUAGAUAAGGAUAUUGUUGGCCCUGUGCGCACUGACCAGGGGGGGGGUGCGAGCUGCAUGACCGGGGGGGACAGCAGCAUGGACAAAAGCCCCACCGCGAAACUGCCACAUCAAGCGGGUGCGCCCCACGCAGGCUCUGAAGAACUACUCAAAAUGGUGAGCGAAGAAAUGGAAAAAAGGGACCGCGAAAUUGACACACUAAAAAGGUCAAUCGAGAUGAUAGAAAAGGAUGUGAAGUUGCUUCUGAGGAAGAGGGACGUUAGGACAGAUUCGGUGGACGAUUCCUUGGAGGCUUCGAGAACGAGCAAUUCUUCGUCCUGCAGCGCGGAGAAGUCACCUCCACAGGUGAAGUCACCUGCCACGUCAACCGCGAAGUCACCCGCCAAGACAGCCGCCACGUCAACCGCGGCCAUCCCCAUAAGCGAGGACGAUGUAACGUCGUUCAGGCACAAGGCAUUCGUCCUGAUGAACCUGUUGAAUGAGCACCUGACCGAGAAGGAAACCAAAACAGGCUUAACUGCGAAGAAGCAAACGGAAGGAAAGCCACUAACCCUAAAUUAUCUCAACGAGGAAAUUGACAGACUGAUAAGCAUCAUGACGACGGGCAACAAGCCGCGCGGCAACAAACCGUGUGGCGACGUGUGCAGCCCCUCGGAGGGCGUCCCCAACCUCGAGGAAGAAAGAAACAAAUUGGUAUCUCCCCAAAUGAAGGGAGUCAAGGGCGUGAAGAACGUGAAGGGAGUGAAGGAAGUGAAGGGAAAGGCAACCCAGGGUGAGCACUUGCCCCAGCAGAUACCUGGGGAGGUAUCACAUGUGAUGAGAAAAGUAGGAGCCAGGGAAGCACACAGAAUAAUGCGCAUUACGGGGAAGACGGCUUUUGCGGAAAUGAACUUCCCCAAAGUGAGUCCAACCAAAGUGGGGUCCACCAAAGUCGGGCCAACCGCAAUCGGGCCAGCCAAGGUCGGGCCCACAUCCGAGCUAAAGAAAAACGAUGCGACAAAGAUGGAGAGGAAGGUGUCCCCACCAAGCAGCUACGCAGAUAGGAUGAAACAAAGGCAAAAAAAAUCAUCCGUCUACGCGUACGACAUAGGUACCACUCGGUGGAAUAACCACUCUAGUGUCCUGGAACCGAAAAGGGAAAGGAAAAAAAAUAGUAUCGUUGAAUACGUUAAUAAUUUUAUGAGCAGCGCAGCUAGGGAUAAGUUAAACAGAGAAAUAUCGUCCCUGGAGAGUAUAAAGAGGGAAGACAUGGUCACAUCACAAAACACGAGCUCAGAUGCAUCUGCCAUUGUGGUCAACACGUAUAAGAGGAGAAACUACUUCCAGGAAUACAUGAACUACUGCAAUGCGGCUGAGGAGAAUGAUGGAGAUGGAGAGCAGAGUGAUCUGCUAUCAGUGAACAAGGCCCCCCAUGUGUACUCCCGUGGAGGGAGAAGCACCAACCAGUGGAAGCAAGAGAAUAAAGAGAAAAGAGAAAAGGAAAAGAAGGAAGAUAAAGAAGGGAUGAGCGAUAAACGAGCAAAAAAAGAACACCUGAUGAAUCUGAAUGAAAAACAAACCAACCCCACGCUGAGCAUGGGCAAGGUUAACAGCGGCAAGACCACGACACCAAAUCACAGCGUCGAGAAACGAGACACCCAAGUUGCGGAAGACUCCAUUGGCCAUCAGGAGGAAGAGAAGGGGAAGAAGAAACGGAAGGAGCAGAAGGCAAGUGCUCAUGAGGUAGCGCCGGGGAUAGUGAUGGCGCAGAGACGGGACGAAAAGGAGGACACACCAAAGGAAAGGAAGAAUAAAGAAGGGGAUAAGAAACAGAGUGAGGGGGAUAAAGACGACAAAGAGGAAAGUGAUGAUGAGGAGGAGGACGAUGACAAGAAGCAACCUCCGCAGCAGUUGGACGAGCUCGACAAGCUCAGCGACCAUGCGACGGAGAGUGGCGACAGCGUGGUUUAUAACUACAAUUUGUAUAACGCCAUUUACGACCUGAACGAACAAUUUUCCAGUGUGGUGAAAAAUAUGUAUUUGGAGAAGGACGCUGGGGGGGGGACCCUUGGAGGACCUGCGGAAAAUGAAAACGUGAAGGCGAAGGGGAAGAAGGAAAAGGGAAAAAAAGGAAGCAAGGGUCAGCAGGAAAUGGGAGACUCGAGUGAAGUGGGUGACAUCAGGGAGAGUAGCGACAAAAAGAGGAGAGAGGAGAAACUCAAGAAAAAGGCCAAAAAGAAGGAGGAGAAACGGCGAAGGAAGGAAUUGCUCCUGGAAGAAAAAAGGAAAGUGAAGGAAACAAAAAAGGAAGAGAAAAAAAGAAUAAAACAAAUGAAAAAGGAAGAAAAGAAGAAAUUGAAAGAGGCGGAGAAGGAGAAGAAAAAGAAGUUGAAGGAGGCGCGGGAACUGGAGGAAAUAAAAGCGAAAGAGGCAAAGAAGGCAAAAAGGAUUGCAGCCAAAGCAGCCGCCAAAAAGGUACAGAAAAAGUCAGCCGCAACCACAGCGGCCAAGCGCAUGGAAGGGAAUACCUCAGAGUACUCCUCCAUGAGGGAGGACAACCCCAGUGAAGACACCCAGCCGGAACCCCCUCGAAACGACGACUACAACUUCAUCGAAGCCACGUCCAGUGACAAGCACAGGAAGAUGAAGACGCACGGGGGAAGGAUCAUAUAUGAAGAGUACAUAACUCAGGAGAAGGCAAUUAGAGGUAUCAUCAAGAAGAAGUACAUACGGGGCAUCCUGACCGUCCGGAGACACGACUACGGGUUUGUCGUCUGCAACGACAGAAAGGUUCAUAUAAAGUCGAAGAAGGACAUGAACAGAGCGAUCGACGGGGACGCAGUGGUGGUCAAGCUGAACAGGGACACAAGGGGAGAAGCAAGCGAGGGAGGAAAAGUGAAGCGUGGAAAAAGGGUGAACGAUAAGGAGCAAGCGCAAGGGGGAGCAAAAUCAAGUGCUUGGCCAGAGGAGAACAAGGAAGACGAACUCACAGGAAAAAUAAUUUACAUAGAAGAACACCACGGGUCGAAUAUACACUACGUGUGUAUUUUUAGAGAAAAAAUUAAAAAGCAAAAAUUCAGCACGGCUAUCCCAUUUAAAAAAAGCAUCCCAUUUAUUAAGGUAGAAAAUAAACACAUAAUUGAAUUCAUGAAGAGGAGUAACGUCAUGGACAUAACAAACCAGUUAGUCUAUAUAAAAAUAUUUAGGUGGAACACAAAUGAAUUAUUUCCAGAAGGAAGAAUUGUAGAAUUGCUUGGGCAAAAUGACUUGUUUCACAAUAUGCAAAAUGCUAUUUUGCUUAACCACAAUUUAUAUUUUAAUUUGAAACAACCUUUGGAAGAUGAUUUUUUAAAAAAAUUGAAGAACAAGGAGAUUUUAUACAGCGACAUAGUAAAGGAGGAAAUUAUGAAGAGAAUGGAUUUGAGUAAAAAAUGCAUUUUUACCAUCGAUCCUGAAACUGCUAGAGAUUUGGAUGAUGCUAUUAACAUCAGCAGAAUAAGUAAAAAAAAAAUCGCCAAAUGUAAUUUUUAUAUUAAAGUUAUUCACAACUUGAUGGUCCACAAUGGAGAAAUUGAAGAAUCCAUUUUGGAAAAAAAUCUGUCCUUUUUUGUUAAAGAGGAUGAUGAUUUUUUUCAAACGCUGAAGGAAAAUAACUGCAUCAAGGAGAUGGAAGAUAUUAAGUAUGAAAAUUUUGUUAAGAAUAAAAUGGACGAGCAAAAUAAAAAAAAAAAAAAAAAAAAAAAAAAAUUUAAAAGCAACAGCAGUGAAGAAGCGAUAGGCAACUACCACCACGUGGUGGGAAACCAGAAGGGAAAGUCCAAGUAUGACCCGCUCAGGGCGAACAAGAAUUAUGGAGACUCCGAAUCGGAGACAGGUGUCCUCAGCACCACGAGGGGAACACACACAGGUGUUAGGAAGGGCGACAUGAGAGACAGAAACAAUCACCUGGACAAGUGUGGAAACCCAUUUGAGGAUUCCUCUAUGUGUAAUUCUGGCUUGGGUGGGGAAAAUGAGGAGAGAGCGCGUGGGAGCGCCAGGAGGAAGAAGCCGUUGUUACGGAAGCAUAGCGGUCACGGGCAGGAGGAUGAAGAUGGAGAGGACGGUAACUACCAUAGUCAAAGCCAUGGCGACAACGAAGGUAGUACCGACCCCAGCAAGCUCGCCAAGUACCAGCACAUCUUCAAAAAGUACCUGAACGAAGACAUAGGGAGGGACGUCCUGACCAACCACGACUUGUUCUGCGAAAAGUGCAAGAGGCAAAUAACCCUGAAGGAAAUAAUAAAAGACAUGACGGAAAAAAAAUGGAAAAAGUACAACUUGUUCGAAGUAGGAGUACACAUUACCGACGUUGCUUAUUUUAUAAAAGAAAACUCUUCCCUCGACAUUGAUGCACGUAACAGAGCUAUGACCAUAUAUCUAACGCAUACAUGCUUCCCUAUGAUUUCAAGAAUUUUAAGUGAGUCCUUGUGUAGCCUGGACCCUGUUAGCAGCCGUUUGUGCUUGUCCAUAUUUUUUUACAUGGACAGUACAGGUAAAAUUGAUCACAAUUCUUUUUUCCUCAAGGAAAGCAUAAUAAACAGUAAAGUCAGAUUUACCUAUCAGGAGGUUUACUUGCUUGUGAAAAAUUAUAGCAAACUGAGAAAGGUAAUUAACCGUUUGAUGAAGGAGGAAGGUAACAGGAGCGGUGCGCGCUUUAUCGGAGGAGUCCCUGCUGGGGGGGAUAUGACUCCGUGGGGCAGUGUGUCAAGUCAGUGGGAGAAGCGGCAGGAGGGAGAUGAUGCAGUGAUGGGGGGAACUGUUGGAGAGGCGCUCCACUAUGGAGAGCACGUCGCACAGACCGCACAGACCACACACACUGCGCAAGUUGUGCAAGGUCAGGAAAAAGGGCCCGUCGCGCAGGCCGCGACUGAGAAGGAGCAGGGCAGCCAGAAGAGCAGCCUGUACAGGAAAUUCCUCAACCUUCAUUUUUACUCGAAGAAGAAAAAGAGCGCAAGUAUCGAGUGCGAAAAUGCCUCGUGUGAGAACCCUACCAAUGGGCGGAGCGAAGCGGCUGCCGCGCACCACAGCAGUGGCAUCAGCAACAGUGACGCGAACAAUACUGUAGUUGAAAAGAAUGGCGCAAACAAGGUGCCGCUCAACCAAAGCAACGGCCAGGACACAAAGAAGAAAAACACACUGAUGAAGCAACACAUUCUGCAACACGAAGAAGUAAAAGCAGGAGUAAAAGCAAUUGUCAAAAUAUUCAAAAAUUUGAACAAUAGAAAUUACAAAUUGUCCUACAAGAAAAUUUUCCACAUUGUAAAAAAUUUGUAUUACCUGUACAAAAUAAGCAAGCGGGCAAGAGUCAUACGAAAGAAUAAUGGUUCCCUCCUUUUCAACAAUGACAAAAUGAAUAUCAUUCUUUCAAGUACCUGUACACCCAUAGCCAUUGUAAACAAAAAAUAUACCUUUGCCAAUUACUUAGUGGAAGAGCUCAUGUUAAGUGCUAACAAAUUAGUUGCGAUUCGUCAGUACUUUAGUAAAUACAGAAACGUGUCUGUGUUCAGGUGUCACAGUAUGGAUAAUAUAAUUGAAACAAAGGACAUCAUUGAGGUGUUAGAAAAGCAUGGAAUAUAUUUGCAAGUAUCUGACUUGAGACAUAUUUUAAAGUUCUUAGAUAACGCGACUAGUGUCAUUAAACAGAAGAGCAAACCUAUUUCAGACAUUGUCUGUGCCUAUGCCAAGAAAAAAAUGAUGAGGGCAGAAUAUCACACCUUUCAACAUAUUAAGGACAACAAAAUGAGUACUUACCACUACGCCCUUUCUUUUCUUUUGUACACGCAUUUUACCUCUCCUAUUAGGAGAUAUCCCGACAUUUUAGUUCACCGCGUUAUAAAGAAAAUCCUCAGUGAUGAGAACAAGCUCAGCAGCCAGUUGUGCACCAGGCAGGAAAUCCUGGCCCUACCGGACACUUCAGACGUGGGCAUAAUUGAGGAUAUUUGCGAAAAAUGCAACAACUGCAAGACAAGGUCCAAGUGGGCCCAGAUAGACUGCGAAAUUGCUUUUUUCUGUUUGUAUUUGCAGAAGCACGACUAUCCUGGUUACAACAGGGGCAUCAUCAUGGAUAUAUACAAGGAGAAGGCCUCUAUAUUCUUCAAGUCUUUUUCAUUUGAAAAUAGCCUCUACUACGUCGGUUACGAAAAGCAUAUAAGCAAAAUGAAUAAGAGCCACCAGGCAUAUUUAAGCAACUACGUUAUUUAUGCAAAUACGGCCCAGCAGGAGCUUACACUUAGUGUUUACAGUGCCAACAAGAGAAAGCUCGUCAUGCGAAAGGUGUACAAGCGCUUCGAUUAUAUUCCCCUAUAUUUUUUCCCCUUGAGCACGAUGCCUCCAUCGUAUUUUCUGGCCGUCGCCAUUGACAGAUGA